AUUUUCAGGUUUUAUUGCACGUCAGUUUUCUAAGAGUUUUGCGUUUUAAUGGAUCUUUGGUGUUCCGCAUGGGGCUAUGAGCCACUGGCAGAGAUUGGAGAAGGUGCCUAUGGUAAAGUAUUCAAAGCUCGUGAUUUAAAGAAUGAAGGGAGAUUUGUAGCCCUGAAGAAAGUGAAUGUCUGUUCAAGUGAAGAUGGAGUUCCUGGUUCACUUAUUCGAGAGGUAGCACUUCUGAAAAAGUUUGAAUUUUUAGAUAAUCCAAAUGUAGUAAGGUUGUUUGAAGUAUGUAUUAAGCAGCAUGAUCUAAAAGUGGAACUGAUGCUGGUACUUGAGUACAUUGACCAAGAUUUAUCAUCAUUCCUGUUGAAAGUUCCUGAAGAGGGUCUUCCUCAUGACAAGAUAAAGGACCUCAUGGGACAAGUACUGAAUGGCAUUGAUUUUCUCCAUUCAAAUUGUGUGAUCCACCGUGACUUAAAACCAGAGAACAUAUUGAUUAGUAGCAGUGGGAAAAUAAAGUUGGCAGAUUUUGGUUUAUCACGCAUCUACAGUUUUCAUAUGGCUCUUACACCUGUGGUUGUUACUCUCUGGUAUAGAGCUCCAGAAGUCCUGCUUUAUUCCAGUUACAAACCUUCUGUAGACAUCUGGAGUUUUGGAUGUGUAUUUGCAGAAAUGCAUCAACGAAGGUCACUCUUCCUUGCUGACCUCAAUUUCCAAGUGUAGCAGUUGCCACUGCUUUAGACUUUAGUUUAAUUUAUGGUGUACCUAAUCUGCCACCACUUGCAUUUUAUACCUGGAGACACUGAGGUGGCUGCAAGUGUGUGCUUUCGCACACAUUUAACUUUUAUGCACUCUUUUUCAUCUGACUUGUCUGUCUUGCUGGCAGCAUUGGCAUUGUGAAAGACGCUAACAGGGUGGACCCUUCACUUCUUACAGUCAGAAGAUAUUCGCCAUCUCUCAGUCUCUGAUUGCUAUUCAUCAGUCUUUGAUUAAUUAAAUAAUCUAAUGACAUUCUCCACAUACUAAUUUCUGAGUUACACUUAUGUUUGAGAAACACUGGCUUCGUAGUUAACUAGACUGAGCUUUUUGAAUUCCACUUUUGGCUCUAUAGUCUUCUUAUAGUUUCUGUUUAAGAAGUAUUUACAUUUGCAGGAGAAUAGUUGUUGAUCGAUUCCACUGAUAUUGAAUUAAAUAUACUGUGUUUU